AACAAAACCCGGUUUAUAUAUUUUUCACUCGCGGGCAGAGCUGAAGGUGCGGAUCUGUCGGAUUUUGAAUUUGUUUUUUUAAAAGUUGGCAUCGGCCCCAUUUAUUCAAACCGGCUUACCCACAAUGCUUUGUCCCCCAACGAAUUUCAGUCAAGUUUAGUUUUCGGCGCCAUUUUCGACUGGGACCGAGCAAUUUAUAGUCUAGGUUAUACCAUGCCUGCCAAAUUGAAAUAUUCCACAGCAAAGCAAAACGCAAAACUUGCUCCGGAGGGACCAGAGCCCUUGGAUGCGUCUGACAACGGAAUGGAUAUCCAACAAAAGGCAACCACAUCAAAUGUAGAUGAAGUUAGAAUAGAUGCUGUCUUAGACGCUGCAGUUGAACCAAUAAAUAAUCAAAGCCUGGAAGAAAUUUUAGCUGGCAUUUCUCCUCCUCCACCCCCAGCAAUGACCAAUGAACCUGGAGCUCCUCGUCUCAUGAUUACACAUAUAGUGAAUCAAAAUUUCAAAUCAUAUGCUCAAGAACAAAUUCUGGGUCCUUUUCACAAGAGAUUUUCUUGUAUUAUUGGACCAAAUGGGAGUGGGAAAUCAAAUGUGAUUGAUUCAAUGCUGUUUGUUUUUGGGUACAGGGCCCAAAAAAUUCGCUCCAAAAAAUUGUCUGUACUCAUUCACCAUUCCGAUGAACACAAAGACAUUCAGAGCUGUACUGUUGAAGUUCACUUUCAAAAGAUCAUAGAUAAGGAGGGUGAUGAUUUUGAAGUUAUUCCAAAUAGCAAAUUCUACGUCUCAAGAACUGCCUACAAGGACAAUUCUUCUGUUUACCAUAUUAAUGGAAAGAAAUCGACAUUUAAAGAUGUAGGAAUAUUGCUUCGCAGUCAUGGAAUCGAUCUGGAUCACAACAGAUUUUUGAUUCUUCAGGGUGAAGUGGAGCAAAUUGCCAUGAUGAAGCCAAAAGGUCAAAAUAAGCACGAUGAAGGUAUGCUAGAAUAUCUGGAAGAUAUAAUUGGAUCAGAGCGACUCAAAGAGCCAAUUCAGAUACUUUGUCGCAGAGUUGAGAUUUUGAAUGAACAGAGAGGAGAAAAGCUUAAUAGGGUGAAGAUAGUGGAAAAAGAAAAAGAUGCUUUGGAAGGAGAAAAAAAUCAUGCACUUGAGUUUCUUGCAUUGGAAAAUGAAGUUGUCAAGAAGAAGAAUUGUGUCUUGCGUUAUUAUAUCCAUGAAGUGCAGAGAGGAAUUGCUGAUAUGGGGGAACAGAAGCAAAAAAUUCAUGAAGAUACGCAGGAUACACGUGAUAAAAGUGCCAAACUUGAGGGGGAUAUAAAAGUCAAAAUUAAUGCUUUGAAGCAAUUUGAAAAAAAAAUGGGUAAAAUUACCACGUACAUUGAGGAGAAAAAGGGAAAGUUUGCAGAGUUUGAUUUGCAAGAUGUGAAAGUCCAAGAAAAAUUAAAGCAUUCAAAAAGUAAAGAGAAGAAAUUGCAGAAACAACUACAGAAAGAUGCAGAGAAGUUGGAUGAUUUGAAAAAUGUACCCAGUGAUAGUGAAAAGGUCAUCAGAGAAGCAACAGUUGGAAAAGAAAAGCUUGAACAGAAUAAAAUAAAUGAAGAAGAAAAGCUGAGGAAAGUAAUGGAGAGUCUCAAACAAGAAACGCGAGGAUUACAGGAAGAAAAAGAGGUGAAUGAAAAGGAGCUCAUGGAGUUGAGUAAAGCGGUAAAUGAGGCUCGAUCAAAGAUGGAUGUAGCUCAGUCGGAGCUGGAUAUCUACCUCAGUCGCCAUAAAUCUGCUUUGGGCCAACUCAAUCAGGCCAAGGAAACCCUAACGACCACUACUAGUACACUUAAAGAAAGAAAAACAGCAAUUAAAGAAUUGGAAACCAAAAUACCACAGAAUCAACAGGAAUUGCAUAAGGAUGAAAAGGAACUUGAAAAAUUAAUUCAUUCUGAUGCUCAGAUCCGGAAUACUGUUUAUGAGCUCCGACAAAAGGUUGAAGAAGCAAAGAGCUCGUUAACAGUAAAUCGCAGUCGGGGCAGAGUCUUGGAUGCUCUAAUGCAACAAAAGAACACUGGUAAAAUCCUCGGAAUCCAUGGAAGAUUGGGUGAUCUGGGUGCCAUUGAUGAAAAAUACGACGUUGCGAUCUCCUCCUGUUGCGGUGCCUUGGAUAACAUUGUUGUCGACACAAUUGAUAAGGCCCAAGAGUGUGUUAAUUUCCUGAAAAAACAAAAUAUUGGAGUUGCAACUUUUAUUGCUUUGGAUAAGAUGAAAGUUUGGGAACGAAGUAUUGAUAAAAUCAAAACUCCAGAAAACAUUCCCCGUCUGUUUGAUUUAGUUAAAAUCAACAAUGAAACUAUACGUCCAGCAUUUUACUUUGCGCUUCGUGACACACUUGUUGCUAACGAUCUAGAGCAAGCAACACGUGUUGCAUUCCAGAAGGACAAGCGUUGGAGAGUGGUAACACUGCAGGGACAGAUAAUAGAGCAGUCAGGUACCAUGACAGGUGGAGGGAGAAAAAUAAUGAAGGGAAGAAUGGGAUCUUCAUUAGUCGUUGAAACUACGCCAGAGGAGAUGGAAAAAAUGGAGGCUAAAUUGCAAAAGGACUUGGCAAUGGCACAGAAAUACCAAGAACAGAAAGGUCAUUUGGAGGAAAAGGUGGUAAAAAUGCGACAGAGCAUCAGGGAGAUGAAAAAUACAUUGGAAAAAUACACAGCAAGUAUUCAGGGGCUGACUGAACAGGAAGCUCACUUGACAAUUCAGGUGAAGGAAUUUGAAGCAAAUGUGAUCGCAGUCGUCCCUGAUCAGAAUAAACAGAAACAGCUACAGAAGACACUGGAUACGUACAAGAAAGAGUACGAGAAGGCUGCAGCAAAGGCUGGAAAAAUUGAAGCAGAGGUGAAACGAUUGCAUGAACUUAUUGUUGAAAUCAAUAAUAAAAAACUUAAAGCCCAACAGGAUAAACUGGAUAAAAUUAACAAAGAAAUAGAUGAUUGUUCCUCUUCCAUUACAAAAGCACAAGUUGCUAUAAAAACUGCAGGACGAAAUUUUAAAAAAGCAGAAGAAUCAGUGAAGCGAAUCGGAGAAGAAAUUGAAGAGAACAAAAAAGAGAUUGAAGAUCUAACAAAAGAACUGAAAAGAUUGGAGGAAGAGGGUGCUAUUGUGCUCAAAGAAAGCACUGAAGCUCAGGAACACUUAACAACUGUAACUGACGAACGUAAUUGUUUACUGCAAGAACUUAAGGCAAUUCAGGAAGAACAACAGGCACUUCAGAAAGAAACUCUUAACAUUCGUCUAAAGUUGGAACAGAUAGACGGGCAUAUUGCAGAACACCAAUCUAAAAUUAAAUUCUGGCAGAAAGAGUUAUCAAAGCUUUCUUUACAUCCAUCUGACAAACCAGCAGAAGAACUUAAAGAAUUAAGUGAGAUGGAUCUGCAAGGAAUUAACAAUCCAGAUGUGAUCAAUAAUCAGAUUGCACUUCUGGAAGCUAAGUGCCUCGAUAUGAAGCCAAACCUGGGUUCAAUUGCUGCAUACAAGAAGAAAGAAGAGCUCUACCUGCAGCGUGUGGGCGAGUUGGAUGAAAUUACUGAUCAGCGUGAUAAAUUCAGACGUGCCUUUGAAGACUUGAGGAAGCAGCGUCUAAAUGAAUUUAUGGCUGGCUUUAAUAUGAUCACCAAUAAAUUGAAGGAGAAUUACCAAAUGCUUACACUAGGUGGAGAUGCUGAACUGGAGUUGGUUGACAGUCUAGAUCCUUUUUCUGAAGGAAUUCUGUUCAGUGUGCGUCCACCAAAGAAAAGCUGGAAAAAGAUUUUCAAUAUUUCUGGCGGAGAGAAGACUCUCAGUUCUCUGGCUCUAGUUUUUGCACUUCAUCAUUACAAGCCUACUCCAUUAUACUUCAUGGAUGAGAUUGAUGCAGCGCUGGAUUUCAGAAAUGUUUCAAUUGUUGCACAUUAUAUUUAUGAACAGACCAGGAAUGCCCAGUUUAUCAUCAUUUCUUUGAGGAACAAUAUGUUUGAAAUUGCUGAUAGGUUGGUUGGAAUUUACAAGACCCACAACACAACGAAGAGUGUUGCAACUAAUCCUAAAGUCAUUGGUCUUCAAGCACUUCCCGAAGUAAUGGGCACAGCUUAAGUCUCGGUGAUAGAAAUGGCAUCAGCUUUUUUUUUAAGACUUUUUAAACAUUUGUUUUAAAUUUUGCCACCCUUAUGUGGAAUUCAUUGCAGCCUAAAGUAGUAGAGUAAUACAUCUUUAUAAACAGUGGACUUUAAAGUUGGUUUCUAAACUUCUCUUUGGGGUUAACUUCCCUUGAAUUGCCCAUCUGUGAUCUUUAAAUUUUGAUAUUGUAUAUAUUUUCUAUUUGUGGAAAAGUACUAUGUUUUAAUGUUCUGUAGAUAUUUGUAUUCUUAUAUUAAAUCGCUUUCAAAAGCU